AAGGCGUUUCACUCCUCAUUCAUUCCUCAACAGAGGACGAGGCUCCACCUGAGAGAGACUUCACUUCACAAGUAACAAGACAGGGCAGUGGGGUUGUCCUCACAGUGAGAGCUAUUUAGAGAUCUGAGGGAAAAAAUAGAAAGAAAAAAAAAAAAAGCUUCCAUCUGAUGCGUUUUUCUGGAGUUUCUUCCUCCCUGCGUCUGAUCACUGGACUGAUGUUUCUUCACACCUCCGCUUCGAGAAAUCUGUCUUUGGGAGUUUUUCAUGAAACUAAACUAUGAUCCGUGGCUGCGUUGAGGAAUGUCUCCUGUGUUUUUGUUUUUGUUGUGUGACACAAGAACACCCAAACGCCCACGACUUGGUCAGGAAGAGGAAGAGAGAGGCGCUUUGGCGAUUUGGAUUAUGUGUUUGACCAAAUGUCAACAUAAUAUGGAAGAAAUAAAAGAGUGAGCACAUGGGAAAACCACCGGGAAUGAAUCGCUCCUUUAUUAUUAAGAUCUUGGCAGCUUUAUUCACAUAUUUCAUGGAGACAAACAACUUCAGAGUUGUGGAUGCCAAGGAGCACGAUUCCAGAUCAUCCUCCAACAUGUCUCCAUCAGACUUUCUGGACUCACUCAUGGGUCGCACGUCUGGGUAUGACGCACGAAUAAGACCCAAUUUCAAAGGUCCACCAGUUAAUGUUACCUGCAACAUAUUUAUCAACAGCUUUGGUUCUAUAGCAGAAACUACAAUGGAUUACAGGGUGAACAUCUUCCUGCGGCAGAAGUGGAAUGACCCUCGGCUGGCGUAUAGUAAAUACCCAGAUUCCUCCCUGGACCUGGACCCGUCCAUGUUGGACUCCAUAUGGAAGCCCGACCUCUUCUUCGCCAACGAGAAGGGGGCCAACUUCCAUGAUGUCACCACAGACAACAAGCUGCUGCGGAUCUUCAAGGAUGGGACCGUCCUUUACAGUAUCAGGUUGACUCUCAUUCUGUCCUGCCCGAUGGAUCUGAAGAACUUCCCGAUGGACGUCCAGACUUGCACAAUGCAGCUGGAGAGUUUCGGCUACACCAUGAACGACUUGGUCUUCGAGUGGCUGGAGAACGGCGCGGUGCAGGUGUCGGACGGGCUCACACUGCCUCAGUUCAUCAUGAGGGAAGAGAAGGAGCUGGGCUACUGUACGAAACACUACAACACCGGUAAAUUCACCUGUAUAGAAGUCAACUUUCAUCUGGAGCGACAGAUGGGGUACUAUCUGAUCCAGAUGUACAUCCCCUCCCUCCUCAUCGUCAUCCUCUCCUGGGUGUCUUUUUGGAUCAAUAUGGAUGCUGCUCCUGCCAGAGUGGCGCUGGGCAUCACCACUGUGCUUACCAUGACCACCCAAAGCUCCGGCUCCAGAGCUUCUCUUCCAAAGGUCUCUUACGUGAAAGCCAUUGAUAUCUGGAUGGCUGUGUGUCUGCUCUUUGUAUUUGCUGCAUUGCUAGAAUAUGCUGGGGUUAAUUUUGUCUCCAGGCAACAGAAAGAGUUCCUUCGCCUGAGGCGAAGACAAAAGAGGAAUCACAAGGAUGAUGAUAUGCGUGAAGGCCGCUUUAAUUUUGCCGGCUACAAUAUGAGUCAGUGUCUACCAACGAAGGACGGCACAGCUGUUAAGAACGCCGCUCCGGCUCCGAACCCUCCACCGCCAGUCCCCAAGGACAUAGACACCAUGAAGAAGAAGUUUGUGGACAGAGCCAAGAGGAUAGACACUAUCUCCAGGGCCGCCUUUCCUCUGGCGUUCCUCAUCUUCAACGUCUUCUACUGGGUCACCUACAAGAUCAUCAGGUACGAGGGAAUCCAACAAAAGUAAAGACUUACAAACAAAACAUUUAAUUUUUCAUUUCUCAGAUUGAGAAAUGCUCGGAAAGCACGGCGAGAUGAGACGGGAGGCUGUGCAUUGAGAGGCGGUAGUGAUGAUGGUGGUGUUCUUUCAGGGAUAAUGUAUAAUGUUCGUACAUCAUACAGUAAUGCUCAUGUUCUGGUAAUGUGAACAGCUCUUGAGACACAGAUGCUUUUUUGUUGUUGUUGUACUGCUGCAUAAUAUUUCCUGACAAAUCUGGAAAAAAUGGUUUUAAAAUCAAGGCUUAGUAACAAGCUGGAGAAGAUGGACCAAUUUGUUUUUUAACAAUCAAUUCUGCCUUGGCGUCUGUACAAGGAACAAAGACACAUUCCAUGGAUUUGUAACUGUAAGGUAGCAACUUUUUGUGAUCACAAAAAGGGUAUUUCUUAAGGAUGUAUAGGACUGUUUUAUAUUGUACUAUUGUCAUGGCACUUCCUCUCUGUUUAUACAAAAUAAACUUCUAAAAUAUACAGGCACAUACAGACGCAUCGACUGACAUUAAGGCAGCAGCACACGUUUGAGGUAUGAGCGCGAACAAAGGAAUCGGGAAUUGGAUACUGCAUUUUUAUGAAAUACCUGAGGCCUUAGCUAUCAAAGAUUUGGAGAGAUGAAGUGCUGUGCUUCUCUAUUUUUUCAAGCAUCUCCUCCCAUUCAGCGGUCUAUCAGAGCUGAAUGCAAGCGUUUGAUCUUUUUCUACCUGUGGCCAGACAUCCAAAGGUACUUCUUGUUGUUUCCUUUCUCUCUCUCUGAGUGUAUUAUAAAUCAUAUUCAUGGACAAACGGAUGCCACUUAAAAUGUAAGUUUAUUCAGAUGUGUUAUAAAAAGUCACAAACUUUCCUUUUCAUUCUAAAAUAAUUUAUUAAAUAAACUGUCAUAUAUAUUUCACAGGCUAGAUUCAUAAAAGUAUAAUGGCCAAGUGUAUAGGUAAGCCUACAAACUGUGAACACGCACUGCAUUACUCAAUGUUGUCAUUUACGCCCAUAUCCACAUGAAUUCAUUUAUAUUCCAGGUAAAUACUCCAGGUAUCUUAGGUAUGGUUUUAGAGUUUGAGACUAUGUUUUUUUGUAGAUUUAGUCUGAUGAAAUAUUUAUUGUAAUGGAGGAAAGGUUAUGUUUCUAAAAAAAAAAAAAAAAGCUUUCUGUAUACUUCUUCAACCUCCGCUGUGGCCUGUUUCCCUUCACUUGGCGUGUUUGUUGCUGGACGGUGACAUUAUGUUUGUAGAUGGAUUCAAACGGUGAAGGACAGAUCAUGCAUAACAUUCAUGGUACAGAGCAGCUAAUGGUCCUUGCACUCCUGAUAUACUGUGGUGAAGAAGUCCUUUUCUUGAAUGCUAUUCCUGAAUAAAAGGUUAUUUACUGAUCUGUACAUCAAUAAAAUUGUCUGCACCGUAUUUACUUUA